CGGCUGCCUGGGCCCGCGGCUCCGCAGGCUGGGUGCCGUUGCUGCUGUUGAGGGGCGGCGGCGGCGGCGGCGCAGACGGGCGGGAAGGAGGAUGCAGGUUCUGCGGCUAGAGCGGCGGAUGCAGACCGGGAACGAGGCUGACGUUUGGUCGAAGAGACGCGCGUCCCGAAGCAGCCGGCGCCGGUGCCGCUGAGGCAGCUGACUGACUGACUGACUGACGGCGGCGACCCGAGAGCCGGCCCCGGGGGGACCGCGCGGCGGACGAGAUGCCGGGGCCGCCGGCGUCGCCGCCGUCGCCGGUGCUGCUGCUGCUGCUGCUGCUCCUGACCGCCGGCAGCGCCCGGGCCGCGCCGCUUCCGCAAACAGGUGCAGGGGAAGCACCUGUUGCAGAAGUUCCCUCCUUGUUUGUGAUCCUGUCAGUGUGCAGUUUGAUGAUACUGAUAGUGUUAAUUGCAAACUGUGUUUCCUGCUGCAAGGACCCAGAAAUAGACUUUAAGGAAUUUGAAGAUAAUUUUGACGAUGAGAUAGACUUUACACCACCAGCAGAAGACACCCCCUCGGUCCAGUCCCCAGCAGAGGUCUUCACACUCUCAGUGCCAAAUAUUUCACUUCCAGCCCCCUCCCAGUUCCAGCCUUCCGUAGAAGGUUUGAAGUCUCAAGUUGCGCGCCACAGUCUAAACUAUAUACAGGAAAUUGGAAGUGGCUGGUUUGGAAAGGUCCUCCUGGGAGAGACUUACACAGGCACCAGCAUAGCAAGAGUCAUAGUGAAGGAAUUAAAAGUGAGUGCAAGCCCAAAGGAACAAGAUACUUUCCUAAAAAACGGAGAGCCUUACUACAUCCUUCAGCAUCCGAAUGUUCUUCAGUGUGUCGGGCAGUGUGUGGAAGCCAUUCCCUACCUUCUGGUGUUUGAGUUCUGCGACCUGGGUGACCUGAAGGCUUACCUGCGCAAUGAGCAAGAGCAUGUGCGGGGCGAUUCACAGACCAUGCUGCUGCAGAGGAUGGCCUGCGAGAUUGCCGCAGGGUUGGCGGCCAUGCACAAGCUGCACUUCCUGCACAGCGAUCUGGCCCUACGGAAUUGUUUUCUCACCUCUGACUUAAAUGUCAAAGUGGGCGACUAUGGAAUAGGAUUCAGCAGAUACAAGGAGGAUUACAUUGAGACGGAUGACAAAAAAAUUUUCCCCUUGAGAUGGACUGCUCCAGAAUUGGUGACCAGCUUUCAAGACAGACUCCUGACUGCAGAUCAGACUAAAUACAGUAAUAUCUGGUCCUUGGGUGUGACACUUUGGGAACUCUUCAGUAAUGCUGCUCAGCCUUAUACAAACCUUUCGGACCUGGAUGUGCUCAAUCAUGUCAUCAGAGAGAGGGACACGAAACUCGAGAUGCCCCAGCUGGAACAGCCAUACUCUGAUAGAUGGUACGAAGUGUUACAGUUCUGCUGGCUGUCUCCUGACAAGAGGCCAGCUGCAGAAGAUGUGCACCGACUGCUCACUUACCUGCGGAUGCAGAGCCAGCGGGACUCAGAGGUUGAUUUUGAACAGCAGUGGACCGCUCUCAAGCCAAACACCAACAGCAGGGACACAUCAAGUAGCGCCGCCUUCCCCAUCCUUGACCACUUUGCCCGGGACCGGUUAGGUCGGGAGAUGGAGGAGGUCCUCACAGUGACUGAGACCAGCCAGGGGCUGAGCUUCGAGUAUGUGUGGGAGGCUGCCAAGCAUGACCAUUUUGAUGAGCAAGGCCGGGGCCACCCAAAUGAAGCCUUGUCUUACUCCAACAUGUUCUUCCCUGUUGAAGUGUUUGAGAGUUCACUUUCGGAUCCUGGUCCUGGCAAACAAGAUGACAGUGGCCAGGAGGUGCCUGUGAGGGCCCCUGGGGUGGUUCCUGUGUUUGAUGCACACAACCUCUCUGUUGGAAGUGACUAUUACAUCCAGUUGGAAGAGAAAAGCAGUAGCAAUUUAGGGCUGGAUUAUCCACCUGCACUGCUCACAACUGAAGUGGAUAAUCCAGAAAGGCUUGGAGCUGAGGCACCCCAUCUGAUGGCCCUUAAGAACCUUGUGUCUGAGGAGCCCAGUACAGAUGAGGAUUUCUUCCAGAGCAGCGCUCACCCCAAAGAGCUCAGCUCUGCUGAGGACUCUCGUGCUGCCAGUGUUCCUGGGAGCCCUUUCAACAUAUUCAGUGACCUCGACAAAGCAGAUGACCUGCCCAGUCACCAAAAAAUGUUUGGUCUAAUGGAACUAAAUGGAGUUCAAGCUGACUUUAAGCCAACUACCUUGAGUUCAAGCCUGGAUGACUCCAAAGACACCUGCCAGUCCAACAAAGAAAAGCCUCAUAAGCUUUUAGACCAGGACCCUCAGUGCUUAUCAGAAAGUCUUUUACACCAAGAUCGCUUUGAUCCAAUGAGUGUUCAAGAAUUGUCAGAAAACUUUUUAUUUCUUCAGGAGAAAAACCUGCUGAAAGGCUCACUGCCUAGCAAGGAGCAAGUGAAUGAUCUUCAAACAGAACUUAAGAAUGCAGGUUUUACCUCAGCACUGUUAGAUUCACCCCAGAGAGACUCUGUAAGUUCUGAACUUGAGUUUCCUGAAAAUACGUUAGGCUUUCCUUUGUCGCAGGAAAACAUGAGUGGAGAGAAUGAAAGUACAGAUGUCAUGCCUCAGGAUGGUGCGUCACCACAGGCCUCCCCAGAAGUGCAGGUACCACUAGCCUCACUCACAGAAGAAGCAUCUUCUAAUGUCCCCCCAGACUCAGAUCUGAGGCCAGGAGAAACAAACUCCUUUAUAGAUGACAGACUCCCCGAGGAUUCCAUCUGCCUGGAUCUAAGCCCCGACUCUGUGGUUGGCACAGGUGAAAUUCCUGCUAUCGAUGCCAAAACCCUUGAAGGGGGUGAUGGACCCUCAGACAUCAUUUGCCAAAGCAAGGAGGCCUUGAAUCUAACCAAAAGAGACCCUACCCUUCUUGCUGGUCAGGGUAGCAUGGGGAGUAUUCCAGAAUCAAGACUGGAGUUACAAAAUCAGCCAUUUUCAGAGGACCUUCUUAGUGGUAACUUACUGGAGAAAAACUCGGAAGCUGUGGAGACUUUAAAUCAGCGUAACUGUAAGGCUGCCCCGAAGGGUUCAGCCUUGGCGUCUGCCCUCUCCUCAGACUCCACAAGCCAAGAUAGUCUCUUAGAAGACAGUUUGUCAACACCCAUCCCCACCUCAGAGCAGUCUGUGGAGACUCCAGACUCCCUGGAUUCAGUGGAUGUCCAUGAAGCAUUACUAGAGUCUCUAGGCUCCCAUACCCCUCAGAAACUCUUGCCCCCCGAUAAGCCUGCAGACAGCGGCUAUGAAACAGAGAACCUUGAGUCUCCUGAGUGGACCCUGCACCCCGCACCUGAGGACACUGCUGACUCAGACACGGCUGCAGCAGGUGACAGCGGCCAGAGCAGUCUGCCUCCCAACCCAGUGAUUGUCAUCUCAGACGCAGGCGAUGGCCACAGGGCUGCUGAAGGCCCCCCUCAGAGCUUCACACCUGGCACCCAGAGUUCCUACCGAGACUCUGCAUACUUCUCAGACAAUGACUCAGAGCCAGAUAAAAAGCCUGAGGAGGUCCCAGGAACAUCUGCCUCUGCCCUGGUGUUGGUAAAGGGCCAGUCCCCACCUGAGCCACUUGUCCCGGAGGAAAGCUCUGACGGCAGAGACAGCUGUCUGGAAGCCCUACAGAGCAAGCCAGAUCAAAGUCAGGUGUCUGCUCUGCAGAAUUCUUGUCACUCAGAAUCACAAGAAACAUUGCAGCCCACACCAGCUGAUGCUUCCAGAGAGACAUAUCCUGUGGACGAUGAGGCCAGCAGCCCCUUGAGUUUGUUGAAUUCAGAACUCAGCAGCUGUGAUGACCUGGAGACACAGGAAGACCGCCCGUGCAUCCUGGCCUCCACAGGCACCAACACCAAUGAACUCCUUGCAUACACGAGUUCCACACUGGAUAAAUCCUUGUCCAGCCACUUCGAAGGCCCCAAGCUGAAGGAGCCAGACAUUGAAGGGAAAUACCUGGGCAAACUUUGUGUGUCAGGGAUGCUGGACCUCUCAGAGGAUGGGAUGGAUGCAGAUGAGGAAGACGAGAACAGCGAGGACUCAGAUGAGGAGCUGAGGGCCUUCAACUUGCACAGCCUCAGCUCUGAGUCAGAGGAUGACACGGAGCACCCCGUGCCCAUCAUUGUCAGUAAUGACGAUGGUAGGCACUUGCGGAGUUUGCUGAAAUCCUCAGCUGCCGAGCCCAGUGAGCAGCCGCCGGAUGACUGGAAGAAGGAAAAGAAGGCAGUGACAUUUUUUGAUGAUGUCACUGUUUAUCUGUUUGACCAGGAAACCCCCACGAAAGAGCUGGGACAUUGUGGCGAAGCACACGGCCCUGGGCCCAGCAGCCCAGCAGCAGCCUCAGGCUCACCCUACCUGGGCAGGGGCAUGAACUCCGAAAGUUCCACAGACGAAGAAGGUGGAGGCUUUGAAUGGGAUGAUGACUUCUCCCCAGAUCCUUUCAUGUCAAAAACAACAAGUCUUCUGGGUUCCAAACCUUCUCUUCAAACCUCCAAAUACUUUUCUCCCCCUCCACCGGCCAGGAGUGCAGAGCAGAGCUGGCCGCACGUGUCCUCCUGCUCCAGGUUCUCCAUCUCUCCUGCCAACAUUGCCAGCUUCUCUCUUACACACCUCACGGAUUCAGACAUUGAACAAGGAGGCAGCAGUGAAGAUGGAGAAAAGGAUUAGGUGCUGUGGACAUGCGCUCCCAGCCCAAGCAGCGUUCCUGCAUGUCCGCCUGAGCAACGACAUCGACUCCAUGGUGACUGGCACCAGACACUGAGAGGCUCAGGAGUGAUGGGGAGCCGCGCCACCAUGCCGGAAAGCCAGCUCCCUGUGCCACACUGGCCUGCGCUGCUCACGCACUAGAAGUGCUCUUGUGCUGGGUGUCCUGCCAAGGUGGCCACACUGCACACGAGUGUUGGGGACCUGGGGACCUCAGGCCAUGGGUUUGUUUUCUGUGUGGGUGUCUUUCCCAGCACACCUGUGCCUCCAGUCUGGCAUGGGUGCCACAAAGGGAUGCACCAAGGGAAUGGUCGAAGGUGAGCCAUAUUUACUGUUUGUAAGGAAAGCACUGAUUGCUCGCAGACUGCACUGUGGGUGUUCAGAGCUCCCAGCGUUGUACAGCGUCGUGAAUUAUCCAGGGAAAACAUGGCAGGUCAAGCUGGUGCUGUCCACUGGUUUGACUUUUUUUUUUCUCCGUCUUCUCGUGUGUUUGCUCUGCAUGGUACUGUAAAGCUUCGAUAUUUUGAGUGUUCUGUCUUCAGAUCUGUGGGAACUGUACACAGGUACUCUUUCCCAGGCCAUGCUGAGUCUGGGUGUUAGUAUUUUAUGUUCUUAGAGGAAAUCUUUUUGAUGAGUCCAAAACUGCUGCUCUGUUUCUUGAUUGCAUCAAGCAUGUUUCUGUAUAAGGUGGGUUCUCCGAGCAGCUGGCCCUGGCUCUUGUGCUAUUAAACCAUUUUGGCAGAGAUCCAAUAAGAGAUGCACCCAGAACUCAGUGCUGCCUCUCAGUGCCCAGGCCCCGCCCCUUCCUGGUGUGGCAGGUGAGGCCACAUACCACUUCCUUCCCACAGAGGCCAGCCUGCAGGAGCACUUGUGUCAUUCAGGCAGGUGGGGCCUCUGAGACACAGAGUCCCCAUAGAGAGCUGUGAGUGAACAGGGCCAUUUGUCCACUUUCGGGUCCUCCAGCAGCCCCAGGGCCUCCUGGCUGGCCCGGGUCACCUGUACCUGCCUCCCCUUCUAUAUCAAGCCUUCAGCUCUCCUCUUGCUGGGAAAGGGGUCUGGAAUCUUCAGCGUAGCCUCAGUGGAACCUGGUGUCCCCGACAUGAGGCUGGCCUCACUCUGCUGCCUAGGAGUCCUGCUUUGACAAAAGAAGUCUUGGUGGCCAGUGCCAUGUUGAGUGGGGAACUGUACCUGCUUGAGUGGGUCUUCUCACAUGGGCCCCUCACCCCAAAUACUUCCCGGUGCUGACCCCACUGUCCAGACUCCAGUGUGACAUUGGGGUGAGUCUCCAGGCCCUGGCCAGGACAUUGUGAUGUCAAUCGGAGGGACUUGGACUUGCCUACAGAGUGCAAGUGUGGGUGUCAGCUUGAGUUUACGUAGCAAAUUAUGAAUUUAUUGUCAACUUGGAUUCGAUCCAUGAAUUUUUAUAUAAGCAAUAACUUUGUGAUCAGCAGAAGAAAUUUGAGAACAGAAGGUCUCCUUUUCUUGUACUUGGUGCAGUCCUAGCAUGCCUGGGCCCCACAGAAGCACUGGAUAUUGUGACAUGUAUAUUACAAACAGGGCAUUUGAAAGUAAUUUUGCCAAAAUUGUCAUAGCUGAAUUUUUGGUGUAUGGAAUUUCUGACUUUUCUUCUUUUUCUUUCGUUUUCUUUCUUUCUCCCCUUCCUUCCUUCCUUCCUUCCUUCCUUCCUUCCUUCCUUCCUUCCUUCCUUCCUCUAUCUACCAAUCUUAGUUGGGAAAGAGAGGAGAAACAAUUAUAUUAAGAUAUUUUCAAAUUAUAGGUUUACAAAGUUCAGAUUCACUGAUUACAAUCACAUGGAUUCAUAGACUCUAUAUAGCCUUCUUACAGCAUGGGGUAGGUUUAUUAACGUUUAGGACCGGCCAUCUUUCACCAUGUUGAGGGGAUUUUAAUAGUAAAAUUCCCAUUUAUACUUCUAUCUGUAUCAUUCUCAUGGUUAAUUGCCAAAACAAAAGCAUUUUAUAUAUUGAGUUGGGGUGGGGUAGGUCUUCCUGUGGGGUCGCAUGGAAGGGAAGAGUUGUAUAACGCUUGUCAACACAUCCUCCCCAAAUCUCAAGCAAUAUACAGAAAUUUCAGUAGAUUAAACUCCAGCCCAUUAAAUGUGAGCGUGUGCUUUGCCAUCUGAUGUGGGUUUUGUUUUUUGUUUUUGGCUUUUUUAAGACAAGGUUUCUCUGUGUAGUUCUGGCAGUCCUGGAACUUGGUAGUCCAGGCUGGCCUCAAACUCAGAGAUCUACCUGCCUCUGCCUCCUGAGUGUUGCCUCCACACCUGGCUGGUUUUGAUUUUUAUGAUAAUUUGGUUGCCCUUGGUGGGCUUUCCAAACUUGUUCAUUCAAAUAAGCAGUGAAAUCAGUCAAUGGUGCCAGUAGCUGGAACAGAGUGGGCUCAGUGUUGUUUUGUUUUGUUUUUCCUACCCUCCCUUGAGUGCCCGCCCUCCACCUACCAGACUGGAAACUGACUUUAACUCCUGUAAUAAAAAUAAUGAGCCCUCCAUGUCCUUCUUUGAUAAUCUCCCAUUUGUUAUAAGAUGACCUAAGUCAGAAAGAAAAAAGUGGUUCCUUCCACUCCCAGUGAGACUCAAACUCUGUCUGGGCCAGAAGCCAUUCAUUCAUCGAAAGGCUGAAAUUGCAAACAGCCUCCCUUCUGUUUUCAAAAGUAUGGGCCUGACUGUUUUUAGAGAGAUUGGCUUAUCUAAGGAGGUCUGUCUCCCUGCUGUAAAAUGCCUUUUCAAACCUUCUCCCUUUCUCAUAAUUCCUGUAGGGUGUUUGUAGGAUUAGUGAUCCAUUGCCUGUUUCUUCCCCAGGGCUGGGGAAGAAGACAGGCAGCUCCUCAACCUCCUGCCCCUCAGCCAUCACCUGAAAACUCAGGUGCAGCCACCUGUCAGGCUCUGUGUGCCUCGCUUCAGAGCAUCCGCCUUGAGAGGAGUCACCUUCCAGUAAGAAUGGGCAGAACGGUUACUUCAGAUGUACAUCUCAAUAGUCCUUAAGUAGCAAACAGGGUGGCACCAGUCUUGGCUCUUAGGAAACUGCAUUUAACUUAUGAAUAGGGUCGACAGAUGUGUUGGCAGUAUUGCGCCACCCACAGCCACCCCAGUGGUGAACACGGGUUUGCUUGCUGAAGCCUGCACAGGCAAAGCCGGGUCUUGAUGGUCAGACUUGUGCAUGUACCCACUGUUGCGUCCUGUUCACAGCCAGGGGCCUGGGUGGGGCAGUCACGCCUACCGGGCUGCCACCUACUGGGUUGUACUAGUUAACACAGUCAGAAAGGGUUCACGGCAAUAUAACAGUUAAUGAACUUGGAAUUUAAAUUGUGUACAUUUUUAAAUUGUAAGAUUUUUACUGUAUAUUGAAGCUUAGUGUGAUUCAAUAAAUUGCUUGUAAUUUAAAAAUAUUUAAUAUUCAAAAUAAAUACAGUUAUAUAUUUAUAAA